UGCGCCACCUAGCGGCCCGCGCUGAGGGCCCGGCAGCACAGGCUGUGCCGAUGAGCUUCCUUUCCAAAGUGUGAAGCACCCGGAGCGCCUUAAAACGCUAAAAAAGGGAGCUGGGGUGUGUUAAAUGCAAUUGAAAAUAGUUCCGGGGUAGGAUCAUGCGGUCCUCUUCUGGUAGCCCGUCACCAGUGAACAGCAGAGCUUUGAUGGUCACUUCCUGGUACAACAGCGGCUGAAUGUGCAUUAAAUUUGAAGAAGAUUUAUACAGUACAAACAGUGCAGGAUUUCUGGAGUGUCUACAACAACAUUCCUCCUGUGACAAACUUGCCUCUGAGAUGUAGCUACCAUUUAAUGCGGGGAGAAAGGCGCCCGCUUUGGGAAGAAGAAAGCAAUGCCAAAGGAGGUAUAUGGAAAAUGAAGGUCCCCAAAGAAAGUACGGCUGCAGUUUGGAAAGAGCUUCUGCUAGCAACUAUUGGAGAGCAAUUUACAGAUUGUUAUGCAGCAGAUGAUGAAGUAGUAGGGAUAAGUGUCAGUGUUCGUGACCGUGAAGAUGUUGUUCAAGUCUGGAACAUGAAUUCCUCUUCAGCAAGUGAAGCAAAAGUUGUAGAAAAGAUUCAUAAACUUCUCCCACACACAUCUUUUAAAGCGGUCUUUUAUAAAUCCCACAGAGAGCAUCAUGCUUUUGAAGGCUGACGUGGAAAGCAUUGAGUGCAUUAUAUGCCAAGAUCAUUUGUUGUUAUUUGGUGUCUUGUGCUGGUCUGGACGAGGAGGAGGAUGGUGGAAGCCCUGUAGAAGUGCUACAUGGGGUUAACCCUUUUGAGUUUCUGACAUUUCAAACUGGCCUAUUGCUACUGAUAAUGAAAAAACCCAAACAGUUGCCUUGACCACUAAAUACGUGAUUCAUUGCUUCAUGUUGAGUUGGUGUAUUCAGUUCUUAGUUGUUUCUUUAAAAAGAUAUUUUGGCCACAUGUUUGUUCAAUCCGACUAUAUUUGUUUCCAUUUCUUUAAGAUAGUUGGUUUUUUCUUCUGUGCUGUACUUAGUGAAAAGCAAACAUACAGAGAUGCUAUGCUGCUUUUCCAAGAUGUGCUGUACAAAGAGGAAUUCUGGCUUGGGGAAAUGUGUUUUCAAUUUUCACUAUGAAACAUUCCUACUAUGUUAAAAUUUACUCACUGGUUUUGUCCCAAGAGAGAAAGAAAUUGCACUGCAUUUAUUCUUAUGUACAGUGUAAUCUGGUUUUACAGUGACAACAGCACAUACUGUAAAUGUAAAUAGAAAAGGGUGCCUUAAAUGAGCAAUUAAAAAGAAUACAUUUAUAUUGGGACUAACCCUGUGUAGGGUGAUGUUAAUGUCUUUUAAUUGUAUUGAUUUUAGAAGAGCCCUUGUUCAGGUUAGAAUCAGAAAUUUCUCGGUGGGAAACCCUGCAAACUCAAUACCUCUUAUUUAAGGGUGACAGGGUAUUUAUGGUUUUAUAUUAUAUACUCUCUUAUGGUGCCUUUCUGUACAUAAAAAAGUGUCAUGAAUAAUUUCUAAUGAAUUGUAGAAACUGGAUCCGUCUCUCCCACUUCAAGUAUGUCAGUGUCUGUGUCUGCACCCACUGGUUCAGUGUCAGAAUUGCUGCUGACUUCAGUGCAAAAAGAUCCCGUUGUAGUUUCAAGCCCUCUUCUACUUCUUCAACUUCCUAAGUAUCCUUUUUAAAAUAAACAAAAAAUACAGAAAAGAAAUUUGUGUCACAGCUUGAAUAGGAAUAUAAACAGUGUUAACCUUUAAAUGUUUGUCUAUAUUAACUAUUUGAGGUGUUUUAACUACCAAAGAUUGAUGUGGUUCCUUUUACAAGGUAGAGAUGAACAUACCCUCUGCUGAACACUCCUUCAUCCUUUAGAGGUUUUUGAAGAGCUGGCAGCUCUUUAAGUUGCACUGAUUUCUACAUCUUUAAUAUAUUAAGAGGCAGCCAUAAAAAUCAAAUAAAUUUUAAAAUAAGUAA